AUGGCACUCUCUUCUCGUCUCUUCUCCAAAUCAAGAUUGAUCUAUGGCAGUCAAAUCCUUCUGCAAAAGGAAUACAUAAUUCCUGUUCGCCAUUUUGCUAAAGGGUCUGCUCCUCCUGCCCUGAAGGGAGAUCAAAUGCUGAAGAACAUUUUUCUAGAGGUGAAGAACAAAUUUGAGACUGCCAUAGGAGUAUUAAAAAAUGAGAAGAUCACCAUUGAUCCAGAAGAUCCAGCUGCUGUUUCUCAUUAUGCAAAGGUCAUGAAGACUGUUAGAGAGAAGGCAAACUUGUUGUCAGAGGCCCAAGAUAUCCAAUCCACCAUUGAAAUUGAGACACAGGAUAUUCCAGAUGCUCGGACCUAUCUUUUGACUCUGAAAGAAAUAAGAACCAAGAGAGGUCUUACAGAUGAUCUUGGUGCAGAGGCUCUGAUGAUUGAUGCAUUGGACAAAAUUGAAAAGGAUUUAAAGAAACCUUUGCUGAGAAAUGAUAAGAAAGGAAUGGACCUUCUCUUGGCAGAGUUUGAUAAGAUUAAUAAGAAACUUGGAAUUCGAAAGGAAGAUAUGCCAAAGUAUGAAGAAGAGCUUGAACUUAAAAUAGCCAAAGCACAGCUGGAGGAGCUGAAGAAGGAUGCUCUUGAGGCAAUGGAAACUCAAAAGAAGAGGGAGGAAUUCAAGGAUGAGCCUGAAUCGGUGGAUGUGAAAACUUUGGACAUCAGAAACUUCCUUUAA